AUGCGCGCAGCACAAAAGCUCUACAUCCACCCCGAACUCUCAGACUCGGAGGUCUGGGCGACAGACGCCUACAACCGCUCGGGCAAGACCCGCCUCGCCGCCGUCGUCGCCGUCUUCUGGACGUCCGUGCUUUCGACGGUUGCGGUCUGCCAGUUCAUGGGAUACCUCGACGUGCGUGCGUUACAGACCAACCCGUGGUUCAGCGCUAUUCUAUAG